AUUGCCCCUUCCAUGCCGCCAUGGGCUGAAUGGGUUCUAUUUGCUCUCCUCUUCCUUCUAGGGUUUUAGGAGAGCCACCCUUCCACCACGCGAUCCAUCCAUCACUCCCAAGCGCCAGGUACAUUCUCUAGAAAUCUUCCGGUAGCUCGGGGAGCUAGCAGCGUGAAUCUCUUUCAUGGCGCUAGCUGCUGCUGCUACCAGGGCGAUCUUCUCCAGCUCCGAUAUUUCGCGCUGCAUCGCCGAGAGCAGCGCCGAGCUUUGCUCCGCCAGAGGAGAUCGUGGAUCGUCGGCUCGUUUCUCCCAACUCAGGCUAAGAGCCUCGAUUUCUCCAUUCACUGAGAAGGAUUCGAUCAAGAAAGUACGAGGAGGGGGUAGGCUAGAAUUUCGCAGCGGCGGUGUAGAAAAUUCUUGUCCAGGAUGCCGGGAAGACACCUCUGAGAGUUCUCGCGAAGAGGAGAAUGAUAUAGCAACGAGAUUGCCAGAGCUGCGAGAGGUUCUGGAACUGCUGAGAAGGCAGCGCAAGAAGGAAGAAGGAAGCGAUCCAUCGUCGCCCUCCAAGAGAUGGAAAGCAGGGAAUGUGUUCUUGGUUGGAACUGGGCCUGGAGAUCCCGAGCUUCUCACUGUCAAGGCAGUGCGUUUGAUGAGGACAGCAGACUUAGUCUUGUACGAUCGGCUUGUUUCUACGAGCAUCUUGGACAUGGUUCACGAAGGUGCCAAGCUGCUCUACGUGGGAAAAACUUCCGGUUACCACAGUCGCACCCAGGACGAGAUUCAUGAGCUGCUCCUCAAUUUUGCAGAGGCUGGCGCCACCGUUUUAAGGCUCAAGGGAGGUGAUCCUCUGGUAUUUGGUCGAGGAGGUGAAGAAAUGGAUUUCCUCCAAGAGCAAGGAAUUGCUGUGACUGUCGUCCCAGGUAUCACUGCAGCGUCUGGAAUUGCUGCUGGACUUGGGAUACCUCUCACUCACAGAGGCGUCGCAAACAGCGUAAGAUUUCUCACGGGUCAUGCAAGGAAAGGAGGGAAAGAUCCUCUCUACGUCGCAGAGCAAGCGGCAGACCCCGAUUCUACGCUUGUGAUCUACAUGGGACUUGCGACACUCCCAGCUCUUGCAGAGAGGUUUAUCGCAAAUGGACUUCCUCCCGAUACUCCGGCAGCCGCCAUAGAACGAGGCACCACAGAGCAACAGCGAACGGUAUUUGCCGAGCUCGCCAAUCUGCCGAGCGAAGUAGCAGCAACUCAGCUCGUGUCUCCCACUCUGAUCUUCAUCGGACGAGUGGUUGCUUUGUCGCCGCUAUGGCCGGAGAGAUCUACACCAGGGUCUGCUAGAGCUGAUGCAAACGAGCCCAGAGACAGGAGCUCCAGAGGUCCCGACCCCGCCCUGCCCAGCCAGCUCUCAAAGCGAUCAUAGUGAUCUUCCGUUCGGCCGAUGAGAAGUCACGAAGACAAUCGUGGCAACUUCUCUCGAAGAUCAAGAGCUUUUUUGGAUCGUCCCUUGAAUUCACCGAGAAGAAAUUCAGUGACUUUGAGCUUGUGAAAAUCGUUCAGUAUAGCCAAAGCUACACACACCAUGAUCGUCAAUGGCAAAAAUCUUUCAGAAAAAA